AUGUUGGGGAAAUGUAACUUUCUGCUUGAAAUUAGCCCCUUGAUAGCGAGAAAUACCACAAAAGAUGUGUUGCUGAACAACACUUGCCCACAUGCAACUCUGCGUUUAGCAACACUAACGCCAUGCUACCACCGAGCUGUCAAAAAAGUUCUUUCCUUCUCUUUCUUUCCGGUUAGCGUCAUGCCUUUCGAGAGAUUCGUACAAACUGGUCGCAUUGCCAAGGCCUCCGCCGGUCCCCUGAAGGGGCGCCUGGUGGCCAUUGUCGACGUGAUUGACCAAAACAGAGUUCUGGUAGAUGGUCCUCUGACUGGCGUGCCCCGUCAGGAAUACAGAUUAAACAAUCUGCAUCUGACCAAGUACCGCAUCAAGUUCCCCUACACCGCGCCCACGCGCAUCGUGCGCAAGGCCUGGACGGAGAGCGACCUGAAGGCCCAGUGGAAGGUCAGCCCCUGGUCCGUCAAGGCACAAAACAUCUGCAAGCGCUCCUCGUUGAACGACUUUGACCGCUUCAAGCUGCGUUAUGCCAAGCGCCAGCGCAACAAGCUGCUGACCAUCGCCUUCAACACACUGAAGAAGCGCACCAAGGCUGACGGCACUCCCCGCGUCCUGAAGAAGGAUCGUCGCGAGCGUCUGCGUGCCGAGAAGGCCAAGGGUGGCAAGAAGGCCGCGGCCAAGAAGUAAAAAUACUACCUUUAACGAAAGUAACUGCUUGAUGAACAUCCACCACCAUGGAGAAAAUAAAAGAAAGUGUUAUUUUUAGGAAAAACACAAGCA